AUGACGGAGAUGCGUAUGCUGCGGUGGUCGGGCGGGGUUACUCUUGGAGACAAAGUGCGCAACGAGCAUAUAAGGGGGAGUUUCAAAGUGGCUCCAAUAACCCAUAAAAUUUCCGAGGCUAGACUAAGAUGGUACGGCCACGUAAUGAGAAGACCAGACGAUCACGUGGUUAAAAAGUGCCUUUCCAUCGCUACAAAAAAGAGGGGAAGUGGAAGGCCCCAAACAACUUGGAUGACGAAUGUCCGAAAGGAUAUGAAGGUGUUGGGACUCCACGAACAAGACACCCAAGAAAGGAGCAAGUGGCGUCGCAUGAUUGGGAAAGCCGACCCCGCGUAA